AGAGAAUCUCGUGUAUUGAACACUCUGACAGAACAUUUGGCAAGACCAACAAUGCUCUUCGCGUCUUUCAUGCAAAUAUCAUAGACGACCUUUUCGACAUGCGGAAGUAAUAUUUGGACUCUACCUGACUGAAUCCGUACCUGGAUGACUCCGCGGAUUGUGCCAGUAUGCCAGAAUCUACGCAGUUUUGCGGUGUCCACCUCAGCUCUACACGUUGGAAAUGGUCACGGAUGAUACGCAAACUCUCAAGGAAUACAUGAACCGUUCCGUCAUACAGUGCUUAUGGGACAGCAAUCCACAUCAAUUCGCAGCUGUCGAGCGUUUCUUCGUUGGUAUUGCUCUUCUCAUCGUAGCCGCUACAUCAUUCGUGCUAAACUUAACUCUCGGCUACUUGGUCUGCCGCAGCGCGAUUUUCGAGGGAAUUUUUCGUUGGCAUGUCGUCAGCCUCGUCACUUCUGCAUUGUCUUAUUUAACAUCAAUUACCGUCAUACUAAUUCCGACAGCAUUGUUUGGUCUACAAAUUGAUGACCCGCUCAAUACAAUUCUAACUAUAUUCGAUGUGUUUGGAUAUCUGGCGCUAACGUUUACAACAGCUUUGAUUGCCUUGGAUCGUUUCGUAGUAUUCUUUUUUAAUCGACUUUACACUAAACCCAAGUCAAAUAAACUCUUGUCUUGUGUUCCUGCACUCCCAUGGACUCUUUCAAUCAUUCUCACUGUACACAUGACAGCUAUUGGAUGCUGUGCUAGAACGAAUCCAUUUACACUUACUUAUACCUAUGAGUGCAGUGUCUGUGGACUUUACGACCCCAUCAUGUACUAUCUUAACUUUUCAUUGCCAGGGAUUACUCUAGCACUAUAUGUAGCAAUUUAUUGUAAAAUAAUGUACAUGCGAUCACAGCUCCGAUCAAUUGGAUUUUCGAGUAUCGAAAAGAAGAAGGUGUACUUGGUGUUGCAGUGCUCCUUGAUAUGUCUAAUCCAGAUUGCCAGCAGCUCCAGUUUCUACAUAAUACCAGCCGUUAUGAAAGGGCCACACUCGAGAUACUACGUCACCAUGAUCAUCUCCACCUUGAAUUCGCUGACCAACCCGUGUGUGAUGUUUGCCUUCCAACCUAGGCUACGUCGAGCUUUGCGCUACGGACACCGAAGGAAUAGCACAAAAGAUGUAGAACUACAUCAUGGGCGCUCCACUAGGAGAUUGCCCUCAGUGACUGAGUGUAGCAAAAUGUUCGUUCCGCCUACCCAUUUCCUUACUCAAAAGCGACCACACAAAACACCGUAAACUGUGUUACUACUUUGUCCUCCUGAAAGGUUUUUUCGCAAUCUCUCAUUACUUGACGCUAUGUUCUCAUUCACUAUGCCAAUGAACGGAUAUAGGACUAUGAGUAUGUGCAUUUGAUAUGAUUUGGUGCUCAAUUUAAUUAUCAUUAGGUAUUGUUGAGCAGGCAUGGCGCUAUUGCCCUAUAUGUGGUAAUGUUGUUUAUGUUGUAUAGAAUUUUGCAUAUAAACUUUGACUAAACCACAUUUGAACCAACGACUGUGCCUACUUCCAAGUUGCAUUUUCACUGUGCCG